UUGAGAAUAAGUCCUUCCCUUUUGUGUGAAUUCCCCAGCGGCGAAUUAACAACUUGUGGGGCCCUAUCUAUUCAAUCUCUCGAGCCCCAAGAAAACCCCCCUCUCCCUCGGACUCAACCUCUCUUUUGACUCUAUAUAUGUGGGCACCUGAUAUCUAUGAGGGUUCACCCACCUCGGUGACAGCAUUCCUUUCUAUUGCGCCUAAAAUCUCUAUUUCUGCAAAUAUGUCACGUGUUUCUAUUGUUGCUUCCUAUGGGGGUACAUUACAAAAAAUCUUCUUUUUCUGCAGCAUUGCUUCUAUGAUCUUAGGAGCACUGGCCGCCAUGGCCCAAAUGAAAGUCAAAAGACCUCUAGCUCAUAGUUCGAUUGGACAUGUAGGUUAUAUUCGUACUGGUUUCUCAUGUGGAACCAUAGAAGGAAUUCAAUCACUACUAAUUGGUAUAUUUAUUUAUGCAUCAAUGACGAUAGAUGCAUUCGCCAUAGUUCCAGCAUUACGGCAAACCCGUGUCAAAUAUAUAGCGGAUUUGGGCGCUCUAGCCAAAACGAAUCCUAUUUCGGCUAUGACCUUCUCCAUUACAAUGUUCUCAUACGCGGGAAUACCCCCGUUAGCCGGCUUUUGUAGCAAAUUCUAUUUGUUCUUUGCCGCUUUGGGUUAUGGGGCUUACUUCCUAGCCGUAGUGGGAGUAGUGACUAGCGUUAUAGGUCAUUGGGUGGCCGGAAGGUUUCCAUGAGUAAGGUUGGGAGACCGAAGGCAGUUUUCCGUGCACCGGACACGUAGCUUACCGAAUCAGUUGCAACACAGAUGGGAAUGCAUGCUACGAAAGACAGGGUCGAGUCUGAUACAUCAACCGUCGACUCCAUAUCCUUGUACGAGUCCACAAUCACUACACGAGAUGAACC